CUAGCAUUGUAUAUGCUGAUAAUCUUCAAUAACUGCAUUUUUCCUCUACAGUCAAUGUUUAGUAACAAUACCUGGCAACCUUCUCAUCCGACACCGUCACAACAAGCGCAAAAGCUGCUGGUGACUCGACAUGAUGGUGGACUACAUGUAUAAGCCACUUUUAAAGGACGACGGUGAUGUACAGGUAGAUGUGUCGGUCUGACUGCGCUCGGUUUGUGUUGUGGGGUUGCCAAGUGAUGUCAUAUUCAAGGAUCAUAAUCAUAUGCUGAAAAAGAGGCAGGAUAAAGACGUCCCCCGACGUGAAAACAGUUAGUUUAGGAUCAAUUCUGAAAACAUGGCAAUGUCCCUAACCAAAGCCUGCAGGAGUCUUGCCCUGUCUACAUGGCUGCUGUCGUUUUGCUUCGUGCAUUUGCUGUGUCUGGACUUCACAGUGGCUGAGAAGGAGGAAUGGUACACUGCCUUUGUCAACAUCACUUACCUGGAUCCAGUCACAUCUGAGAUAAAGACUGACAAGAGUGAAUGUGGCAGAUAUGGGGAGCACUCUCCUAAAAGAGACGCCAGGGGCUUUGUGUUUAUGCCAUCUCUUCUGCAGGACAGACAGCUGUGUGACGGUAACACUAAAUUCCCUCUUCCUCAUCCCAACAUCCCAUGGAUAGCACUGAUAGCCAGAGGAAACUGCACCUACAGGGAGAAGAUCAGACAUGCUGCUGCUCUCAAUGCAUCCGCUGUGGUCAUUUUCAACAUGGGCUCCAGCAACUCCAAUGAGACCAUUACUAUGCCACAUCACGGAACCGGCGAUGUGGUGGCUAUCAUGAUUCCUGAGCCCAAAGGUCGUGAGAUCAUGGCCCUGCUGGAGAAGAACAUAACCGUGGCCAUGCACAUCACCAUCGGCACGCGCAACCUGCAGAAAUACGUCAGCCGCACUUCUGUGGUGUUCGUCUCCAUCUCCUUCAUCAUCCUGAUGAUCAUCUCUCUGGCCUGGCUGGUCUUCUACUACAUCCAGCGCUUCCGCUACGCGAACGCACGCGACCGCAACCAGAGGCGAUUGGGUGACGCUGCUAAAAAGGCUAUAAGCAAGUUACAAGUACGGACAAUCAGGAAGGGUGACAAGGAAACCGAGUCAGACUUUGAUAACUGCGCAGUGUGCAUCGAAGACUACAAACCUAAUGAUGUUGUCAGGAUACUGCCAUGUCGUCAUGUCUUCCAUAAGAACUGUGUGGACCCGUGGCUCCAGGACCACAGAACCUGUCCCAUGUGCAAAAUGAACAUCCUUAAGGCGCUGGGCAUCCCGGCCAGUACAGACUGUUCUGAUGACAGCCCUCCUGAUUAUGAGAUGUCCGUCAGCGGGCCGCCCACCAACCCUGUGACAGGGGCUAGUGAGUUCUCAGUGGGCGAGAGCUCGGUGGUCCUGGACCCAGCUGUCAGAACCAUAGGCCUAUCACACAUUUACCACGAGAUGGACACCUUCCCGCAGGCUGGAGAGAGCCGCCACAUCGCCAGCAGUGAACACCAGCCCUCCAUGAGCGCAGAUUCAGACACCUCACUCAUCAUGCCAGUGGAGCUCGUCCUGUCUGACGUUGAACUGCAGUCCGAUCCAGAACAGGACGAGGUGAAGUCCUGAAGUGCCAUAAACAGAGCGGGACCGCAGCAGGACAAUGAAAGAACACUUGCAAUCGCAGCACAGGUGUGCAACCUCCUUUUUUGACCUCAUGGUCUACAUCACUGCAAAAAUGGCUUGCUUCUCCUCUUCCUCUGGCUGUAUUGCACUCAAUGUCUUCUGUCCUGAGUUUGUGUUACCAGACUGGAAAAUUCACAUGGUCCUAUAAGGGAUGUUUACGCUUUUAUUUUGGAAAAUUUUGACUGUUUCAACUUCCCUAUGGGAUCACUGCCAGUAUACACCAGGAUAUUCCAAAAUGAAUAUAUGUAAUGCAUCAAUGAAUAAGCUUUGAGUGUCUAAAGUGGUUUGCGUGUGCUCUAACCAGCAGUUCAUACGGUCCAGAUAUGUGAUGUGUCGAAUCACGCCACAGUGAACCCAGAAACCCAGCUCAUGAUAUGGUGAGUGUUUCAGCAGCCGUAUCCAGUGACAGUGUGUCACGCCAGUGUUUGUGAAUCAUAAUGCCACAAAAGCAGAUACUUUCUGCUCAUUUUGUCUCGACUAAGCGCUGUCAUGUAUUCCGCUAGGCCACAUGCACACUGCUUAAUACAGUUUCACUCUGGUUUGUUAUUUAUGAGAGUGACAAUUGCGUUCAAAUUCAAAGCUACAUGCAUGUCAUGUUCAAGUUAACUUGGAAAUGUAUUAAUUGCAAUUUAAAAUGUCAAAAAUAACUACAGACCCAUUCACACCCAAAAUGAUAACUAUUAGCGAUGCACCAAAAUGAGUUUUUUACAGCAAGCCUAAAACCAAAAACUAGGGUUUUAUUCUGUCGAAAACUGAAAACUGAAAGUUUAUUUAAUAAUCAAUUAUUUAAUCACAUUUAAUUGUUAUUCAACACUCAAAUAAAAGCUGAAUCAUAAAUAAACAUUUAAACUGCACAUAAGGCAUUUUUGAUUGGACGCCAUGCUAGAAUGGACAGCAGCUGAUUCCAGGGACUUUAUUUUUUACGCAACAUUUAAUCAAAAAUACUAAAUAAACAUAUUUACUUCUGAGAUUAUGGAUGUAACUCUCUGUCGUUGGACAGAAAUGCAGUAUUGUAAUCUUUUUCACAUGCUAUUUUUAUGAAACACUUUAAGAAACUAGUGUUUCAUUAUGAGUCAAGCAUCGUGAUUCUUACACGUGAUUCACUCCCUCAAAUAACAACAGUUGCCACUUCCUCUACCCUGCCGUGUGCAUGUGGCCAUUGUUCAUUUUCUCUGGCAUUAACGAAUUAACCUCUUCAGAGGCAGAAGGUUUAAAGAGGAAUUGUUGGGUUGGAUGUAAAUGUAAAGAACAGUAGAACAUUUGUGAAUGUAGGUUUAUCAAAUUUGGUUUAUUUUCUAUGGCAUAUAGGAUUUCUACAGUAUAUAUUUCUGGACAUGAUCGCUUUACCCCUUUGCUAAAAAGUGAAGUGAGUAAUCAUUGCAACACUAGACAGAUAUGCAAUCUGAGCAGCUGAAUUGAUCUGAAGAGCUCAAGCAGCGAUGCAGACGCUAGCAGUUUGCCCAUACAUAGGAUGACAACUGAAAAUUGUUCUUUGUCAUUGUUUUUGCUAUUCUGUUUGGUUGCUGCAGAAAUUGCAUACUUAACUUUUACAGGACAGUAGUAAAAGCACUUUGCUCAGAUUUGACCAACAGGCCUGUUUUAAAAGACUGUUUGCUUUUUAUGGUGGGAAAGUGAAAGACUAUUGAAUGAUUAUUUUGAUAUCAAAGGAUUUAUUUUUCUAAAAAAGACAAAAACAAACAAAGGACACAUAUAUUAUGAAGAUAAACAGCACCCCUUUUACAUUUUUAUGUUUUGUUAAAUAUUAUUUCACUAAAUAGCUUUCCAGAAUAUACAGUAGAUAUUAUGAUAAUUUAUAGCGUUUAGUUGUUGAAUACAGACUUACAACUUCAAAUAUUUCUUCUUUUUCUUAUUAUAUUAAUAUGAAUUAUUAGUAAUUUAAUGAGUUUUUUUGUUUUCAUUUUUAAAUAUUUUUUUCUCAAUACACUUCCCCAGUUAAACGCGCUCUUACCCAGAAUGCACUGCUGCAGCGGGACGGUCUGAUGGAUGUUCGGUACCCCAAAGCUUUAGUGUUCCAUUCCCACACACUGUUGGAUAUGUCUGCAUGUGUUUGUGAUGUUAGGACCUGUGCAUUUGUAUUGAAUGGUCUCGCUGUGGAGGACAGUGCUGUGGUCUGUGAUCCUCAUAUUCAUAUUCAGUAAUAUUUAACAGAAAGGCUUGUGCAGUGUUAUUUGCAUCUGUCAGCCAAAAAGCACAUGAGAUUUCCCUGAGAUCUGCAGAUUUAAUUGUCACUUUAGACUAGCUUGUAUCAAACUGAUGUUUAGAGGAAUUUUAUAAGAUUAGAUGAUUAAGCACUUAUUAUUUGUAACAGAUAUUUCUUUCAGCACAAACAAUAUGACGGUGGGCUGGAUUCACCAGUUUUCUUAAGAAAAAAGUCUCAAAAAUUCUUAAGUCUUAAGAUAAAUAACAAGAUCAAUUCUAACAAGUUAAAAAUUCUAAUGGUAAAUUCUAAGGAGUUCAUAAGAAUGGAGAAAAAAAUGUGCAAUUCUAAAAACAUUUUUGAAAAUUAAAAUGAUAAAUUCUAGAAAAAAAAAAUCAAAAUUAAAAUGAUCAAUUCUAAGAAGUUCAUAUGUAAAAAAAAAUUGCAAUUAUUUCAAAAUAAUAUAUACAAUUGUAGGAUAAAUUCUAAGAAGUUUGCAAGAAUGUUGAAAAAAGUGCAAUUCUUGAAAAAAUUUGAUAUUUUUUUACAGACGUUGUUCUUAUCUGGAAAAGCAUGUACUGUACAAUAUUGUCCUUGCUACUGGCUUGGCUGGAGUUAUUUACGACCAUUUUUAACAUUUCAGCUUUUUUUUUUUUUUUUUAUUAUUCUUAAGUUUCGUCCAAAGCAAAGGUAAGAACUUUCAAAAGAACUUUUUUCUUAAGUUAAAAAAAAGGCAGUUAAGAAUAAUUGUAUUCUUAGUAAUGUUUUGUGAAUUUUGCCUAAAAAGUUUUCUUUGUUUCAUUGUGUUGUCUGUCUGAACUGUCUAGGAAAAAUUUAGUGAGUCCAUUAAAGCGGUCAUAUCAUGCGUUUGUUAUUCAUUUUUUCUCCUGAGGAAAUUCAUUUUCAGUAUUUCCGUGAUGUGCCUUUAAGACGAUGUAAACGCCAUCUUCAUAUAUAAUCAUGAGCAUUUGGAUACAUUUGGACAGAUUCAUAAAACAGCUAAUGCUGAAAUGUAAAUGUAAUGUGAACAUCGUAUUCAAACUGUGUUGCGCUCUAAAAUUUGCAGUAUGUUUCAUAUCACCAAGAUGAUAUUCCUUCUUUAAGGAACCAGUGUGUGUGUGUGCUGUUGUAGACAGUAUAGAGUGUUUGUUUGACUUCUUUCUGUUUCUCGUUAAAUAAAUCAAUGUUUUUGUCAUGCACUGGACCUGAUAGCUCUGAUGUAUCAAGCACAGUCUGUAUAUGCAUAUCAGUUUUCUUGUGAAAUGAUUCAGUGCUAUCCAGGCUGCUGUGUGUUAUUUGACCAGGCACAUGAUGUAAUUAGCAUUGGUUAAUAACCUUCCUGAAUUUGCUCCAAAUAUCUUUCUUGUUUUGCCAUGAAUGUGGUUUUUGCAGUAAAUUGAUUUGCUGUGAUCAGUGCAAUAAAAGUAUAAUUGUGAUAAAUAAUCAAUUGCCACUCACCUAAAUAAUUCAAAAUAGAUUUCAUAUUUAAUGCUGGCCACAGCUCGCUGUAUUUUUUCUUGCAGGCCCGGCUUCCGUCUCAGUUCACUGUUUGCAAAAUUUGUGUGAGAAUGUGUGAUCAGAACGUGUGUCAAUUUCCUCAAUGUAUGAGUUUGUUUGGCUGAUGAGUGGCAUACAGGGAGAUGGUUUGAAAGCAUUAUUUUUGCAGUUCUGUUUAGUGCUGCCGAGCUUCACCUUUAACCUCUCUGACCUCUAGUCAAUCGGAUAUGGCACAUGAUGUACUGUAUAAGUCGUCCUUUAGUGGGAUCCACGUUUUAGUAACUGUCAGUCAGGGAUUUGUCAUUUAAAACGGUUGUAUACUGUAUCUAGCAGAGAUUUACAGUUUUUUUGUUAUGGAAGGUAAUGUGAAUAUUUAUCCAGCUACAGUUAAGAUUCAUCAUUGCAUGUCCAUGAUUGAGAGGGACAAUAAAUUUCAACAGAAAAUUUUCAACCACUA